UUGGCCUUGGCAGAGUUAUAUGAAGAUGAAGCUAAAAGGCAGUCACUGUGUCCUGACAAACCGGCAGCUAAAAAGAACAGUAACACAAAAGUAUCACAGAGUCUUAAAAUUGAUUCUCUUAGGAGGUUGAGAAAACCAGAGAGAAGCAUGAGCGAUGACAAAGAAAACCAAAGAUUUUAUUCAGGUGACUCAGAAUAUAGAGGAUUACAGAUUUCUGGGGCUUCCAAUAAUCCGAGUAAAAUUGUUGCUGAGCUCUUCAAAGAAGCAAAAGAACAUGGGGCUGUCCCAUUAGAUGAAGCCUCAAGAGCAUCUGGUGAUUUCAGUAAAGCUAAGUCUUUUUCUGGUGGUGGAUAUAGAUUGGGUGACUCAUCACAAAAGCACUCUGAAUAUAUCUAUGGAGAAACCCAAGAUGUUCAAAUUUUGCUGAAGCUAUGGAGGAAUGGCUUCAGUUUAGAUGAUGGCGAGUUGAGAUCCUAUUCAGACCCUACAAAUGCUCAGUUUCUCGAGUCUGUUAAAAGAGGGGAAAUUCCUUUGGAACUGCAGCGACUUGUUCAUGGUGGCCAGGUUAAUUUGGAUAUGGAAGACCACCAAGAACAGGAAUAUGUGAAGCCUAGACUGCGAUUCAAAGCUUUUAGUGGCGAAGGGCAGAAACUUGGAAGCCUUACACCUGAAAUAGUCAGCACACCUUCUUCCCCUGAGGAGGAGGAGAAAUCCAUUCUUAAUGCACCUGUUCUGAUUGAUGAUUCCAUGCCAGCAACUAAAAUUCAAAUUAGAUUAGCAGAUGGAAGCCGAUUAAUACAAAGAUUUAAUCAAACACACAGGAUUAAGGAUAUUCGAGAUUUCAUUAUCCAGUCCCGUCCAGCAUUUGCAACAACUGAUUUUGUUCUUGUGACCACCUUUCCAAAUAAAGAGCUAACAGAUGAAAGCCUGACACUACAAGAAGCAGAUAUACUUAACACUGUGAUCCUUCAGCAAUUAAAGUAACCUUACAGUUGUUGGUACAAUACAGGGAGUGUGCUGUAUUGUCAUACACCAUGUUUCCAACAGCUGGAAAAAAGGAAAACUCAGCAUCUUUUUAUUCCCUCACUUCCACGGAUCGGAUUUUUGGGUUUCGUGUCUU